UUGAGGUGUGUUGUUUGAAAAAGCUUUCAGCAAGAACUGUCAGGAAUGCUGAUAUCUUUAUAAUACAUAUCUUGUUUGAUACCUACAUGGAUUAGAGGAUUUACCAACAAAAUGAAGCAAGUACUUUUGUGCUGUUUGACUGCUGUAGUUUCCAUUCUAUGUGUCUGUAGUAAAGGAAUUCACGGCAGGCCCGGCGGAAGUAAAAUGUGUCCUGAUCUUUCUCUUCAAAGUUUACCAGUUGUUUCCUCGAGGCACCUACAAUUGCACAUCCUUAGUAGUCGUAGCGGGGAUUCAUUUAACCCAUCUCGUCAUUGUAGUGUUAUAUCAGUGAAAUUCGUACCUGGUUCGGRUGGUGAAAGCUUAUCUAAAUACAGCUUGAGUCAGCUGUGGUUCGUCAAGAAAGACAACAACAGACUGAAGCUGGCUGUUCGUAACCAAAUAACCAUUAAUGCAAAAGUUAUCGUUGAACUAAACUGCAAGGGCAAGAGCUGUUUCUUGUUAUCAUCUGUUAACAGGCAAGCCAAUGAUAAAUGGAAAAGAUACAAGAGGAAACUUUUAAGUCUCAAGUCAAUUCCAAGAAUGAAUAAUGAUCACAAUUCUACUCAWGUGUUUGUUGUUUGGAUGGCUGUUGGAGCAGUUUUARCCCUUGUUGUUGUUUUGGCAAUGUGUGCAUGUCACAAAAAUAAUGUUGAGAAAACUCUGAGAGAUGAAGUUGGUGGUACAGAGUUCAAUCAGCAAGUUAUUGGAGUAUCAAGUAUUAACAAGCCUCAACAGGAAAGUCAAACUAUCAAAGGAACAAAUACAACCAAUAGUACUAAGGACAGUAAAACAAUUGCUACUCAAGAAAAGAAUGGCUCAAGAACUGCCAGUSAAUCUAGUCAUCAACAUGAAGGGACAGUUGAAAGAACAUCUUAUCUUGAGUCCAGUAACAAUCAGUCUUCUAUAAAUGGAGAGAAAACAUUAGAAAUAGAAUCUGAAACACAUGAAAACAAUGAAAGAAUUAGAAGUCAAAGUACCAAAGAACAAACAUCUCAGCCUAGUGAGUCUGUGGACUUAAGGGGUUUCAGCCAAUCUGAUACAUUUAUGUAUAAAGGUAAUGAAGCAAACAUUGCAACACCAUCACAUGACAGGAAGCAGCCUGUGCAACUUAUCUCUAGAAAAGAUAGUGAUAAAAAAGAGACCAAAGAUCAUGAUGGAAACCAAAAGGUCAAAAGAAGCUGGUUAAGAAGGAAGUCUUCCAAAACCAAAUCAACAUCAGAAAAUCAAACUCCAAAAACUGAUAAGAAAACUAAUAGCCGUCAUUCAGACUUACCCCUUCCCCCAACACCAGAGGGUAAAAAUCCACCCACCUUUAUUGAAGAAGAGAAUCAGUAUGAAGCUGUAGAGACUCGUCCAAAAAGAGUUGAGAAAAUGGCUGAAAGAAACAUAAAAGAAGAUUCCCGUCAGUCAUCAGAAUUAUACGCAUCCAUUGAUGAAGAUAWAGCAAAAAGAAACUCUUCAGGAAGUCACAUGUAUGAUGUUGUAGAAACCAAACAAAAACCAACCACUGAUAAUAGCAGUGGCCUUGAGUAUGCAUACACUGUAGUCGCACCAAAAGAUAAUCCAAUCCAACCCUCACAAACUAGUAGUGGUAGUGGUCUAUAUGAGGUUGUCACUGAAGACAUGAAGAAAAAUAUACCACUUGUUCAAGUAGAGAAUGAUUAUGCCAUUGUUCAGAAAGACUCAUCCAAAAAGAAAUCUUCCACAGCAAACCAAACAACUAGACCACUGUCAGAUACAGACCUUGCACCAGCACCUCCUCCUGUUACUGUUAUGCCAUCGGUUAAACGAAGAACACAAAGUGAAGGUGAAAAUCUAAAUGUGCUAGCAGAUAAACCAUCAGCAACCAUGUUGGGUGAACCAAAGAAGGAAGUGGAACAUACAUAUGCUAAAGUUAAUAAACUAAGGAAGACUAGCAAAACAAAUAGGAAUGCUGAAAACACACAAGUAGCGGAUGAUGAAUCUGAAGAACCGCCACCCAUACCACCUUCYUUGUAUGCAGAAUUACCAGUUAAAGGUGAUGAAGAGCUGGUAUCAGAUGGUAAACAUGAAGAAAACAUGACAACUAUCAUAGUGGAUUCCAUGUCAACAAGCACCAAUGAAAUUAGUAUUACAUCUAUGAAUUCAACAAAGACUGUUGUGGUAGAGUCAGAAACACAUAUUCAGAGGAACAGUUUGUCUGAUGUCAAAGUCUUGUGUGAUGUCACAGAGGAAGUACUUCAAGAACCAUUGCAUAGKGGAAAGCCGAUAUCAGAUGAUGUACCCAAUCCACUAUAUGAUGAAAUCCAUUAUGUCUAACAUUGUGGACUAUUUUGUCUGUAUAUUUUAUUUUUGAAUAAUGUYAAUUUGAAGAUGCCGUCACAUACUGGUAACUAGUGUGUAGAAAAUAUUAUAGAGAAGUGUUUUUUAUUACCAUGACUCCAUUUUAUGCAAGCUGGUAGAGAUGCUCAUUUUGUAGCCUGUAUAUUUCUGAAAGUAGGCUUUAAAAUGAAACAAUUUGGAAUUUAUUGAUGAAAUAUCUUUAUCAACAACUUCUGAUGUUGGUUGGAUAGCAAAACAAGUUUGUGUACUAUAAACAUUGCUUGUCGCAGGUUUGUAAAUAACACAAUGAGCACAGAUUAUAACUCUGAAGUUCACAAUAUAGGGUUGUUGUGAAACUAGCCUCACUAUAAGUGUUUUCAUAUAUAUUACAAUAAUUAACAAUAUAAAAGUUGAGCACUAUUUAUAGCUAUAUUGUAUAUUCAACAAAAUCAAUCAGGUUUUGUAGUAGGUAAUGUAUUUAUUGUGAUCAAGUAAUAGAAAAUAUAUCACAACAUCAUGACAA